AACGGCGUACCACUAACAGAGGCAGAUUGUCGCAACAAUGCAACAACAAAUGGCUGUACACUAUUGCAGUGUCGUGUCCAUAUUCGAAGGUGGCUCCGUCAUCUCUGGCGCAGCACUAACGAUGGCUGUACUUGUUUUCAGCCGUGUGCUUGCUGGUAUAGGAGGCUCUGAAAUUUACGUUGGAACGGUGAAUAUAGUCACGUUUAUGACGACUCCCGUGGAGAGGUCGAAGUAUCUCGGAUAUGUGGCCAUGGCAUGGAGCCUGGGAACAAUUCUUGGGCCAAUGAUUGGUGGAACUUUCAAUGACAACUUGGCGAUGUGCCUUCUAUAUCAAAUUGUGUUUUACAGCACUAGCAGCACAGGCCUAGCUCUUCUUGAUACCGUGUUCAGCACCUCAUACAGGGUUCAAUUACCGGAAACAGGCCAAACAGCUUGAUUUGGUAGGCCUCGUUCUCUUUGCUGGAGGUGUUGCAUCCAUCAUAUUGAUCCUCGGAUUCGGUGGACCGAACUGGGCAUGCUCCAGUUCUUGUAUGAUCGGGCUUUAUUCGUUUUCGGCAUUUUAGAGAUCACUUUUUGGUGCCAACAGUGGUUUGGGAUUCUCACGAGCAAUCCAAUUUUCCCAAUACACAUCUUCGGCCAGAACGAAUUCGCUAUCCUAUUCCUUCAAACCUCGAUAUCGUCGUCACAAUAUACAUGCUGCCUU